UGCGGCUAGUGUCUUACAGGACGCUAGCACGCCCGCAAACCAGUUUUGGCAGGCAAAUCGGCUCCACUGUUGCGCAAGACGGUCGCAGCGAGGUUCCUGGACCCAUUUGCUGCAUAUCCGUCCACAUAGGAUCGAUCACUACACACAGUACUGCCCCAGUUGUGAGAUAAGCUCUCCAGACUUCGAGACGCCAUCGACGCGGUAGCCGUCGACGCAGCAGAUAAAAAAUGGCUAGCAUGGUUGCGAAAGACCGCGCCUACACGCGCCACCGGCUGCCGAAGGAGUGGACGCUCGACAACUCGAAACUCGCGUUUACGGUGGACGACGUCCUCGACGCCAAGGAGUGCUCCCAACUAAUACAAAUGGCGGACGCGAGCGGCUGGAAACCGAGCCCCAUGGCGCCGCUGCAGACGGGCUUGCGAGCGCGUUUUGAUGAUGACGCGUGGGCCCUUACUAUCUUCGAGAGGCUCAGGCCGUUCUGCCCGCCGGUCCACAAAAGGAGGCGCUUGGUCGGCGUCACCCCAACCUUCCGCUUUGUCAAGUACCCGGAGGGCGCGAGCGUCGCGCCGCACCCGGACACGUCUGGUGGGGAUAAACAUACGCCUGUGAAGGAGCCGAACGCGAGUCUCUUCACCAUACUGUUGUAUCUGAAUGAGGGCUACGAGGGCUGCGAGACGUGCUUGUUGCCCUCGCCCAAGUCCGCGCCUCCACCAGCAAACCCGCGCGACGACGUUUUCCCGGAGGUCUGUUACAAGCGCGGCAUACCAGUCAAACCCAAAAGAGGCAUGGCUCUGGUGUUUGAGCACGACAUCCUGCACGCGUGUCCUCCUUUGACGAAGGGCGUGAAGCUCGUGAUUCGAGUUGAUUUAUGUUAUGCUAGAGAAGAUAUUGAUGGCAAUAGACUGAAAGACGAGUUCCGCGACUCGACGCUCUCGAAGGGCGCGUUUUCCAAAUUCGCGCGGGGGUUGAAGAAGAAGUCGACUGUCGCUGAUAAAAUCAAAGCACAAUUGGAACAAGAUGCGAUCAAACGGAAGGCGCGCGACCAGCCGCGCUGUUCGAGGGCGCUGGCGCUAGAAGCGUCUCCGGCGUUCGUCGACGGCGUCUGCAUCGUGACGGGCGCCUCCGCCGGUAUUGGGGCGGCUCUGUGCGAGGCGCUUGCUUGCGAGUUGAAAGUACGUGUCGUGGCCGUGGCUAGAAGGGCGGACCGGCUGGAAGCGUUACGGAAACGUAUUGGUGAGCGGAUCAUUUGUGUGGUUGGGGAUGUGACCGACCCAGCUACGAUCACAAAGGCCUUGGAUGCUUGUGCAUCACCCCCUUUUGCUCUGAUCAACAACGCCGGCGUCGCGCGGGACGGCGCGGUCGUCCUGGGGGGCAGCGAAAGCGCAAUAAACGAGACGUUUGCCAUCAACACGGUGGCGCCGGCGGCGUGGUCCACGGCCUACUUCGCCCUGCUCGAAAGGAUGAAGGCGCCGCGGGGCCACGUGCUACACAUUUCCUCACUUUCAGCUCAUAGAAUGCCCGACGCGACGGAUUUGGGGAUCUACGCGGCGUCCAAGGCCGCGGUGCGGGCGCUGGCCGAGGCGACGCGGCGGGAACUGCGCGCGAAGCAGUCUCCUUACAGAGUCUCGUCGAUCUCGCCCGGGCUCGUCGUGUCGGACUUCUAUGCCGCGAAAAAUGGAAAGGCGGCGUCGGACUUAGUGUAUGCGGCGGCCGACGCUUUGGAGGCGCGCGACGUCGUCGACGCGGCUUUGUAUAUCCUCACGGCGCCGCCGCACGUCGAAAUAGCUGACGUGCUGCUGCGGUGCACGAACUCACUAAGGUAACAAUUU